AUGCGAUUCAACCGGAAAAAUCCGGAUUUAUUACUUAUUGCUGAUGCUUAUUAUGGAUUAUUUGAAGCAAACAUUCAAAAUGAGACGAUAAAACAAAUUCUAAAGCCUGGAACUAAAAUAUCAGAUGGUUUAUCUUGGCCAGUUGUUCAUUUUAAUGAUUUUGAUAUUAGCCAAGAUGGACGUCAUGUUGUUUUUACUGAACCAUCUCACCGUUUUGCUGAUCGUGAUUUUUUGUAUGCAAUGAUUGAACAUAAAGCAGAUGGGAGAUUAUUGCAUUACAAUAUGCAUACAGGUGUACUUCAUGUACUGAUUGAUGGUUUACAUUAUCCAAAUGGUGUAGAAUUUGAUAAGACUGGAAAAUGUGUAUUUUUCUCCGAGAUGGGCAAUCUACGAAUACUUAAGUAUUGCUUUAAUUAUAAAUCUAAGAAAUAUACGAUUGUAGCAAGUAAUUUACCUGGAUAUCCAGAUAAUAUUCGAACAGCUAAUAAUGGUAUGUUAUGGGUACCACUUGGCCAAGCUCGUUUAAACGAUGAUUCUUGGAUUACUGAAAGACCAUUUAUAAGAGAUAUCAUCGCAAUGGUAGUAAAAAGUAAUGUAUUGAUGGCAAUUCUUGAUUAUUUCUUUCCCAAAUAUGGUUUAUUACUGCUAAUUGAUCCAAUUAAUGGUACUAUCAUUCGAAGUUUUCAUGAUCCAAGUGGUUUAACUAUCGGUUCAAUUUCACAAGUAAUAAUUUUUUUUUCUCAUUAA